AUCCAUGGCUGUUUGCCUGUGUUGAUUCAUAUGGUAUAUAGUUAUUUUUUGAGGGAGUUGUUGAAAUUUCCGUUUGGUCUGUGAGAAAAUGUAGUAGUAUCACAUACGAUGUUGUACGUAACUGGAAAUUUUAGACUGUGUUAUAUUGCGUGUACAAUUCCAUUCACUCAAGGACGCACAAUUGCUUAAGAAUGAGCGCUGGAGUUGAGGUGUUGAUAUCCUGCAAUCUGGAAGAGAGUUGUGUUUUGAACGGAUCCAUUAAAGGAAAUUUCAAUAACCUGUUGAAAUGGUGACAAGUCUGUAUUUGAGCAUUCUCACAACUUCUGGAAACAGCUGUGCUUAUGGGUCAACUUACUCAUGGAAAAGGCAUUUCAAGCUAUUGGAUAAUCAUAAAUCUCAUAUUCCCUCUGGGAUUGAUAAACAAUAUCCUUGGAAUCAUUCUGUGAUGGGUUUAUACUUAAUGGGUAAUCCCAGUAUAUUGAGACGAAGAGAUUUGAGAACACAAGCUGGAUGGUUUUUUAAUAAGGGGGGUGAUGUGGGGUCGGAUGCAAGUAUUGAACGUAGUGAGAGUGCUAAUGAGGAUAUAUUGAUAUUUUUCUUCCAGUUAGAUUUGGCAACUCGAGUACAGUAUGCUCUGAAUAUGGAGCAAUAUGAUAUUGCACAGCAACUGAGGAAUAAGCUUACCGAGGUUGAAGCUGAGAUCAUCAGGCAGCAAGAAGCAAAGAGGGGAUCAUCUUCAAAGAGCGAAGCUCAAGACAAGGGUCUUAGUAUCAUACGUCUACGUGCAGACCUGCAGACUGCAGUGGAGAGUGAGAACUAUGCUUUGGCAGCUGAAUUACGGGAUCAGAUUUCCAAAAUGGAGGCAGAGGCUUUGGCUGCAUCUGCAAAUGCUCUAGCAUAUGAAAAUGCACAAUACUCUUUUCGUUUGGGACAAAAAGUGAACCACAAAAUUUUCGGUUAUCGGGCUGUGGUUUGUGGAAUGGAUCCUGUUUGCUGUGAGUCACAUUCAUGGAUGGAAGCUGCAAAGGUUGCAAAGCUGCCUCGGAGUUCUAAUCAACCAUUUUAUCAGGUUUUGGUCGAUGUGCAUGAAGAUCCUAAUCUACUGGUGGCAUAUGUUGCCGAAGAGAAUUUGGUGGCACCUGACGAACCAGCCAUGGGGAGGUUUGAUCAUCCCUACAUAUCGUUUCUAUUUUACGGGAUGGAUGCAGCUGGAGAUUUUAUCCCAGUCAGGCAGCUGAGGGAGAAGUAUAAUAGGCCACGGCAUGAAGUUCCCAAUGAUCCCCAUGAUAAGGAAAGUGGAGAUGAUGCAUGAAGAACUAUUGUGAUAUUUAGCUACCAAUGUGAAACUUCACUUUUGAGUAGUUCCCUAUAUUACUGAUGAUUUAGGAUCCUGUAUCAUGUAUGUAAAUAUACACUUGUCUUUCGUUUUUUUUUUUCCCUUCUUUCUAGUGCACACUAAUGUAAAUUGUCUUUAAAUUAUUGAGAGUCAACAACAGGGGAUUAAUAA